GUGGCGCAGGGCUGGGGGGGGGGUGGUCGGCCAUCUUGUUCUACGUUCCUUAGUGUCUACCACCAGGCCGCCGCUGUUCGCUGACCCAUGGGCCGCUCCCGAAGUCGUAGCUCUUCCCGCUCCAAGCAUGUCAAGAGCAGCAAGCACAACAAGAAGCGGAGCCGGUCCCGGGAGAAGGAGCGUGUAAAGAAGCGCUCCAAGUCCCGGGAGAGUAAGAGGAACAAGCGGCGGGAAUCUCGCUCCAGGUCUCGCUCGAACACAGCUACCAGGAGGGAGCGGGAGAGACCCGUCACUCCGCCCGAACGUCUUGAUAUCUUCGGCCGCACGGUCAGCAAAAGGAGCAGCCUGGAUGAGAAGCAGAAGAGGGAGGACGAGGAAAAGAAGAUGGAGUAUGAACGACAGAGGAGGAUUGCAUUGGCUGCUUUUGCAAGAAAUACAGCUAGGCAGCAAGAAAUUGAGGAAAAGCUCAUAGAAGAGGAGACAGCGCGUCGUGUGGAAGAGCUGGUUGCCAAGCGCGUAGAAGAAGAAUUGGAGAAGCGGAAAGAUGAAAUAGAACGAGAAGUUCUGCGCAGGGUUGAGGAAGCUAAACGCAUCAUGGAAAAGCAGUUGCUCGAAGAACUCGAGCGACAGAGGCAGGCAGAGCUAGCUGCUCAGAAAGCCAGAGAGGAAGAAGAAAGAUCAAAGCGUGAGGAGUUGGAGCGAAUACUUGAAGAAAAUAACCGUAAAAUUGCUGAAGCACAAGCCAAACUGGCUGAGGAGCAAUUGAAAAUUGUUGAACAACAAAGAAAAAUACAUGAGGAGAGAAUGAAAUUAGAUCAAGAGAGACAAAGACAACAAAAAGAAGAGCAAAAAAUUAUUUUGGGCAAGGGAAAGUCCAGGCCGAAAUUAUCUUUCUCGUUAAAAAGCCCGGAUUAAACGGCAUGAACUAUUUCCACACCAAAACAAGACUGUAUGGUAGCUUCAUGUUGAAGUGUUUUUUUUUUUUUGUUUUUUUUUUUAUUAUUCCCUUUUUUUGUUUUUUUUGUCUGGAAUAUAAAAAUAUCAUUUCUCAAAGGGGCUGUGCUCUAAACUCCGUAACAUUAUAUUUUUUAUGUAUCGUUUUUUUUUUUUUUUUUUUUUCCCAAUUAAACUGAAGUUAAAUUCUUAUCAGAUCAUUAGACAGUUCAUAUUGUUGUUUCUGUACUAAAGUGGGCUAUAAGUAUUAGAUGGCAGAUACUCUGGGAUUUUGAAAGUCUCCACCGCUGUUCCAGAUUUUUUUUUUCAUGUAUAUAUAAUAUAUGAGGACCACCUUCUGUGGAGGUCUUUUGGGUGGGAUAGAAAAUGGUUCUUCACUGUCGGAGCAGUGGUAAUCUCUUCAGCACUGUUAAUACAACAUGUUCAUAGAAAAUGAGCUUGCAGGUUUACCAGCACUGGAGAGAAAAACAAUAAUGGGGUGGCUGCUGACCACAGUUUAAUUCCUGUGGUCAGCUUCAGGGCUUGUGUUGGAAGCAUUUUGUCGCAGAACCUGGGAUCAUCUUGACAACUUCUGCAUUUUAAUCUUGGUGGUUCUGUGGACACAGCUGAAUUUCAGUAUUCAGUGUCUGACCACCAAAGAACAGUUUUUCAAGGUGCUUGCUGCUCAUGUACUGCUUCAAGUAUCACUAAAUGCAGUAGUCUCAAAUGACCCCUGGUACAGUGACAAGAAGCUUGGGAGCAUCAUGCUUCUUUGUUCUUCAUGAUCUGGUAAGCUUUUAACUAACCCCAGUGACGUCAUUUUUUUUUCACUGAUAGAAUAUUAGAUUUUUUUUUUAAUAACUAAAAAACGAAAGUUUGCACCCAUACAACUCCUCAGUAUUGUUGGAACAUUGUAGUGUAUUGUAACAUCAGUGUCCCCAUGAUGCUAUUCCACUUGCACUUGAAGUCCUGGUACAGGUAAGGAUACAAAUAGUCAAAAAUCACCUCAGAGUCUCUCUAGUUCAGUAUUGUCCAUGCAGAAUUGUUUUUAACCUCUUUGAUGCAAUCUGAUCCAAUUUUCCACAGUGUAAAUACAUGAAUUUGCUGAAUAAAGUCUUAAUUGCGUCAUGUA